AUGCAAACAGAAGAAACAUUAGGUAAUAAUUAUACUCAUUCAGAACAUAAAAUAAAGAAUUCUAAAGGAAAAGAAAUUAGUUUAGAAUGGAAAAAAGAGACUGGAUAUAAAAGAAAAUACCAAUUUAGAGAAAAAAGAAAUUACCAAGUUGCUCAACAAAGUAUUUUUCUUGCAUUAUUAAAUGAUUAUUUUGAGAUUGAAUUACUUCCUCCAAUAAAACGAUCAAAUGUUGCUACUCAAUUAUUAAGAAUUAAUCGUUUAGUUCAUGGAGAAGAUUCUAUUUUAUUUAAUCUAGUAGUAGAACAUCGAUGUAAUGAUCUCUUCCAAAAAGAUAUUGAAAAUGGAGUUCCAAUAAAAACUGCUAUGAGACGAAUGGAGACAUAUAAAAUUAGUGAAGGACUUCAUUUAUUGAUAGACCUUUUAUUUGAAUUAGGGUAUAUAUUUGUUUCUAGAGUUACAAAAGGGGCUCAAGGUUCUCAAAGAAUUGAAACUGUAAAAGAGAUUUGGAGAAAUGGAAAAGUAAUUUUAGAAAAGAGUGAUAUUGAAGAAUUAGGAACACAAAUUAAUUCAUAUUUCUUUAAUGAAAUUAAAAGUCAAAAUAAUUGUACCAUUUCUAAAGGGUUAAAUCUUCUUAUGAUUGAAUGA